UCGCUCGCUUCCUGAGAGCAGUCGAAGUUAACAGCGGGGCUCGACCGCGCGGUGAAGCUGAGUUGGGAAUAUCUCCUCAGGUUCUUCACGGCGAGGAGCUCAGGGGAGGAGACAGCAGGAGAGCGCAGAGCACAGCCCGUGGAUACGCCGUUUACCCGCACCGAGGCGUCUGAGACUCCGACGCUCCGUCACAGAAGGCUGGCAAGGCGUUUUCGGGAGGGCACGUUGUGGAUUUUUGCACGAAGUUACCAGCCAGCCUAGAUCUCUAACGUACCUGGACACAGUCCUUUUAGAGGUGGAGCAGCCAUGCCAUUUGGCUGUUUGACCUUCGGGGAGAAGAAGGAUUACAACAGUCCUUCUGAGGUCACCGAUAAAUAUGAUCUGGGACAAGUGGUCAAAUCGGAGGAGUUUUGUGAGAUCUUUCGGGCGAAAGACAGAAACACACAGAAAAUGUACACCUGCAAGAAGUUCCUGAAGAAAGACGGGAGGAAAGUGCGCAAGGCGGCCAAGAACGAGAUUCUCAUCUUGAAUAUGGUGAAGCAUCAUAACAUCCUCCAGCUGGUCGAUGUCUUUGAGACAAGAAAGGAGUACUUCCUCUUCCUGGAACUAGCCACAGGCAGGGAAGUGUUUGACUGGAUCCUGGACCAGGGCUACUAUUCAGAGCGUGACACUAGCAAUGUGAUCAGACAAGUGCUGGAGGCUGUGGCUUACCUCCACUCUCUCCGCAUCGUGCACAGAAACCUGAAGCUGGAAAACCUUGUUUACUACAAUCGCCUGAAGCACUCGAAAAUCGUCAUUAGCGACUUUCAUCUGGCCAGACUGGAGAAUGGUCUCAUUAAAGAGCCCUGUGGCACUCCAGAGUACCUUGCCCCAGAGGUAGUUGGCAGACAGAGAUAUGGCAGACCGGUGGACUGCUGGGCCAUCGGAGUGGUCAUGUAUAUCCUACUGUCAGGAAACCCUCCCUUCUAUGAUGACGCAGAUGACGAUGAUUAUGACAGCCAUGACAAGAAUCUGUUCCGGAAAAUUCUUUCCGGAGACUAUGAGUUUGAUUCACCCUACUGGGAUGACAUCUCAGAUUCCGCUAAAAGCCUUGUUGCAUCUUUAAUGGAAGUGGAUCAGCAUCAAAGACUGACUGCACAGGAGGCCAUCAACCACGAGUGGAUAUCUGGGAACGCUGCUUCAGACAAGAACAUCAAGGAUGGCGUAUGUGCUCAGAUUGAAAAGAACUUUGCUAAAGCUAAAUGGAAGAAAGCAGUGCGGGUGACCACCCUAAUGAAGAGGCUCCGAGCUCCAGACCAGAGUGACUCUGGGGCAUCCAGUCCAGCUUUAGGAACCUCGGCAGGGCCGGUCACUCCGAGCAGCACGUCCCUUCCCUUGGCCGCCACCCCCGAGCCCACCAGCAGCACCUUUGAGGUAAAGGUGGAGGAGGCUGCAGCUCCAGCUCGGUGUAACGGAGAGGUGCCGCAGCUUAGCGUGGAGACCAGAGAGGAGCAGAACGGCUAACGAGGGAAACACACAAAGACAAACAAGCUCACUGUACAUAGGAAGACACACUGAAAGCUAACGGUCACGUAAAGCUACAGCGUCGCGUUGCCACUCAUUCCAUUCGCACAAGCCCUUCCCUUGUUGUUUGUCUCCAUUGUAGGUUUUCAAGUUGUUUACCUAGAAAAUGAGUUGAGUCCCCGUAUAUAAAGUCUAAAAAGGCAUUAUAUUUAAAAAAGGAAAGAUUCUGACUUUUGAUUUUAAUUUUUUUUUGUUUUCCUUCUUUUUAUUUGUGUCAUAAUUAUUUAGGUGUUCCUAUUAAAGAACAGAUCACUUACAAACUGUUUAAUAAUGUGAGAAAAAGAAAGAGAGGGUCAUUUUUAUAUUCCAGUCAUUGCCGUCCUGUUUUAAUGGGAGGUGUUUUCUGAUGAGGAAUGCAGUUUGACCUGCCUUUAUUUUAUAUGCGCUAAGGACUGAUCACUAUUUCAGUGUAUUCACUGUAUUCAAGGUUGUUAGUUUAGGAUCAAAGAACAUAAAGAGCAGGAGCAACCUUGUACGAAUGAGUCUGUCUGUUUGAGUGUGUAUCUACUGUAGAUGGUGGUGCAGUAGUAUUGUUCUUAUGUUCAUAAGGUUGUGGAACCCGUGAAUCUUGUACUUUUCACUCUGAAGUAGCAUCUCUAGUGAUAUAUGAAACAUUUCAUCCACUUAAUGGAGAAUUUUACUCUUUAAUUCAUCAGUUUAUGGUUAUUAUCUGUCCUGAUAUGAUUAUUACAAUGCAGUAAUGUUUGGGGUUGUCGGUGGUUCAUAGCAUUACUAAAAAUGUGCAGUACUGAGUUAAACAUGUAUAAAUUGUGUUAAGUACUUUUUAUCAUGAUGUUUCUGUCCAUUCAGCUUUGAACCAACUGCAUUUUGCUUCUUGUUGCUUUUCAGUACAGUAUAGUGCCUUUAUUUAUUCAAUACACACCUAAAUGGCCAUUAAGUACAAGUUAUUCAUCUUUAUGCCAGGAAAAAGUGCAGAAAUGAUAUGUUUAACAUACAAUCUCCCCUCUCUCUCUCUCUCUCUCUCUCUCUCUUUCUCUCUCUCUCUCUCUCUCUCUCUCUCUCUCUCUCGUCUCUCUCUCGUCUCUCUCUCGUCUCUCUCUCUCUCUCUCU